UUCUCCUCAAUUUUUUUUUUCUUUGCCACCGUGAACCUUCAUAACCACCGCAGGCCGCCAACCCGCCUCGCCGACCACCAAAACCCGUCACCGACCCAUCCUCUUUUUCUCCUUUCACUUGUGAUCUAAAAACCCAUAACCUCCACCAACCGCCAUAAUCGUCCUUCCCACUUACGAGAAGUGCGAGUACGAGCUUGUCAUGGAGAGGAUGCUUCAGAUGCAGAAGAUCCACGAGGAGAAAGCCAAGUUUAAACACAAACACGGCGCCGUUCCUGUCGUCCCCAAAACCGCCAAUAUCUGAUUCUCUCUCACUUUCCCUCUCUGCAAGCAUUCCUUACGGUGGUGUACACAGUGGUGACACCAGACAAAGGAGGAGCAAUAGGAUUUCUGGUAUCUGGCUAUGGCCACAAGCACAAGGGAAAUGAACCAGCAAAACCCAAAGAAGAAAGUCCCUCUCUUUCCCCUUCUCUCUCUUCUCUGCUUCACUUCCAUCUUCCUCAUUCUCUCUCCGUUCAAAAACACCACCACCCCUUCAACUUCUCACUCCCUUCGCACCUUCCAAAUUGACAACAAAGGUACUUGCGACUAUUCCGAUGGAAAGUGGAUCUACGACAACACGUGGUCUCCGAGGUAUGACAACACGUGCAAGGAGAUAUUCAAGGGCUGGAAUUGCAUCUCUGGUAACAAAUCCAACGCCCCACAACUCGCCAAGUGGCACUGGAAGCCCCACAACUGUGAUCUCCCUCAGUUUGAUCCCAUUGGGUUCCUUCACAAUCACAGACACACCAGCAUUGGGUUUGUUGGCGAUUCGCUGAAUAGGAACAUGUUUGUGUCUCUUUUUUGCACUCUCAGGAGUGUCUCCAAUGGACAAGUCAAGAAGUGGCGACCCGCUGGUGCUGACCGUGGAUUCACCUUUCUCCCAUACAAUCUCACCAUUGCUUAUCACCGUACCAAUCUUCUCGCUCGUUAUGGUAGAUGGUCAGCUAAUGAUAAUGGCGGUGCCUUGGAAACUCUUGGAUUCAGAGAGGGCUUUAGAGUUGAUGUUGAUGUACCAGAAAGCACAUGGGCACAAGCUCCAAGUUUCCACGAUAUUCUAAUUUUAAACACCGGUCACUGGUGGUGGGCCCCUUCAAAAUUUGACCCUGUGAAGUCACCUAUGCUUUUCUUCAAGGCAGGCCAGCCAGUGAUCCCUCCAUUACUACCAGAUCAAGGCCUGGAUAUGGUUUUGGAGCACAUGAUCCCAUAUGUGGAGGAAAGAGCACGACCAGGUGCAGUCAAAUUUUUCCGUACUCAAUCACCCAGACAUUUUGAAGGGGGAGACUGGGAUCAAGGUGGUUCCUGUCAAAGGGAUCGACCUUUAUCGACAGAGCAGGUAGAAAAACUUUUCUCUGUGAAGAAUAAUGGGACAAAUGUGGAGGUUCGACUGGUCAAUGAACACCUCUAUAAGGCUCUGAAGGGAUCUGGUUUCAUUAUUUUGGACAUCACUCGUCUGAGUGAGUUCAGGGCUGAUGCCCACCCAGCUACUGCUGGAGGCAAAAAACAUGAUGAUUGCAUGCACUGGUGCUUACCAGGAAUUACAGAUACCUGGAAUGACUUGUUCAUACAACAUCUCAAUCGUAUCGAGGGUACAAGUUGAUGAUGAAGUAGUUAUUUAUAUUCGAUAGCAUACGGUUGUCUUGAACUUGGUCAUUGGUUCAUUGAGACGAGAUUGAUUGAGUAUAUUCUAACAUUUUCUUUUUGAAGGUUACUGAGAUAAAUUAGUUCCACAUACAAAUAUUAUAGUUUGUCCAAUCCACGAUGUCUGCCAAAAUGCUCUCUUUUUUUGUACAUAAAAGGCGGAUGGGAGGU